CCAAUGUCCAGCGCCUUUCUGAAACCAUGAGCUAAGCAAGGCUUCAACUUCUGUCUGAAGAUGCUGCAAAUCAUCAAGACAGGCCACUAAUCUGAAGAAUGCAAACCGGUGGAGUUCACAGACGUCCAGGUGCGUGGGAUACAUAAUGCUGUUGUCCCUCAAUCCAGAACCACUCUGCCCUCCAAACCGCAUUCAAGGAAGCCCCUGCACUGAAAGAUGUCUACAUCGCUGCGCAACUUUGGUCUGAUCAGGGAAGGGACGGGGUGCGCUGUUCUAAAGCCCAUUCCGGUCCCCAAGUUGGAAGCCGACUACAUCUUGGUUCGAACUGUAGCAAUCGCGCUCAACCCCACCGACUGGACCAGUCUGGACGCCGUCGGAAAUGACGGAACUAUUGUGGGAUGUGACUACUCUGGGAUCGUCGAAGAGGUGGGAGAGGCCGUGAAGGACCGGUUCCAAAGGGGCGACCGUGUGGCUGGCUUUGGCCACGGAGCCAAUGACUUCAACCCGCAGAAUGGCGCUUUUGCAAGGUAUAUCGCCGUCAAAGGCCAUCUGCAAAUGCACAUACCUGAAGGAGUGACCUUUGAAGCGGCGUGUACCGUCGGCGUCGGAGUGGCGACCGUGGGCUUUGGGCUAUACAAGAUCCUGCAACUUCCUCUUCCCGGAGAAGGCAAGGAUGCCGAGGCCGGUGUGAUUCUCAUUUACGGAGGAAGCACGGCAACCGGAACACUCGCUAUUCAGUUCGCACACCUUUCGGGCCUGGACGUCGUAACCACCUGCUCUCCAAAGCAUUUUGAGAUGGUCAAGGCCCUGGGUGCGUGCCAGGCAUAUGACUACCAUGAUCUCAAUGUCGGCGGACAGAUCAAGGCCGUCACAAAUGGCAAAUUGGAGACCGUUUUCGACACGGUCGCCACCCAAGAGACAGCGAAGAUCUGUGCAGAGGCAUUCGGCGAUGCGGGGGGAGUGUAUUGCAAUGUCCUAGACGUGGACUGCCCCCAUCCGAACGUCCGAUCGGAGUCCUUCCUCGGCUACAGCCUUUCGGGCGAGCCUUUCAUCUAUGAAGGAGAACUCUUCGAAGCACACCCAGACCAUUUGGUCUUUGGUUCCUCCUUUGCUCGAGUCGCCGAAAGGCUUUGGCGUGAAGGAAAGUGGACGCCGCAUCCGCAGCGCAUAGAGCGUGGCGGCCUCCGCGGUGUCACCAAUGGAAUGCAACAAAUGAGAGAAGGGAAGGUCAGCGGUGAGAAGCUCGUUUAUGUCAUCGAGGAGACAGAAUGGCCUUGAGAUGUUCAACUUUUGUCCAAGAUUUUGAAAUUCAUAUCGUCUCUCCAGCCAA